CACGUAACGUGCUUCCGUACAAUGUGUACGGAAGUGUAACUCCUACUGCGGUCCAGCAAAUGUAACGUUGAUCUUUCACUGGUUCAUUAGAAAUUAGGGACUGUUGGUAUUGAUUUUCCGGCCACCACCCUAACGGGUUUUACGGUAUAACUUUAGAAUUUGACUUGGUAGAAAGUAUCGGAAGUGUUGUCAAGUGCACGCUUGACAACGAUUUCCAACGAGUCGGAGUGAAGUCCAACAUGAGUUCUGAGGACGUUCUGAGGAGUGCGUCAACUCUAGCAUCGUAUAAUGUGUUGCUACAGGUCAUGUUCCGUAUCCUCACCUUCUUGCUGAAUGCAUUCACACUGCGGUUUGUCUCCAAAGAGCUGAUUGGUGUUGUCAAUGUCAGGCUUACACUACUGUACUCCACAUUAGUAUUUUUAUCCAGAGAAGCUUUCCGGAGAGCCUGUUUGAGUGGGGUAUCUGGGACAAACCACAGCUGGAGACAAGUUAUCAACCUGCUUUGGCUGACGUUGCCUCUGGGUGUGUUAUGGGCAGCCCUGCUGGUCUGUGUGUGGUUGUGGCUUCUGGAGGUCCCAGACCCCCAGGCUGUCCCUUACUACGGCCCUGCUGUGGUGAUGUUUGCCUUGUCAGGAGUGCAGGAGCUCCUUGCUGAGCCCCUCUGGGUCCUGGCUCAAGCUCACAUGUUUGUCCGACUGAAGGUGGUCGCUGAGAGCUUAGCAAUGAUUGCUAAGUGCAGUAUAACCGUGUUGUUGGUGGUGUUUGCCCGUGAAUGGGGCCUUUACAUCUUCUCUGCUGCUCAUUUGGUGUACACAGGAUUCCUGGUGCUAUGCUACGCUGUUUACUUCAUUCGUUUUUUGGGCUCUAAAGAGGCAGCCAAGAAGGGUUUUCCCCUGCAACGUGUUGGAGAUCUCUUGCCCUGUAGAGCUGCUGGAGAGCCGCUGGUUGAUUGGACUCUGGCCCAGCUCACAUGGAGCUUCUUCAAGCAGUCCUUCCUGAAGCAGAUCCUGACAGAGGGGGAGCGGUACGUCAUGACCUUCUUGAACGUCCUGAGCUUUGGAGACCAGGGAGUUUAUGAUAUUGUCAAUAAUCUGGGCUCCAUGGUGGCUCGCUUCAUCUUCCUGCCUAUCGAGGAAAGCUUCUACAUCUUCUUUGCCAAAGUGCUAAAGCGAGGACAUGAUGUCAAAAAUCAGAGACAGGAGGACGUUGCCAUUGCAGCGGAGGUCCUGGAGUGUCUACUGAAACUGGUGCUGGUGGUUGGUCUGAUUAUCUCUGUGUUUGGCUACGCCUAUUCUCACUUGGCUCUGGAUGUCUAUGGCGGCUCUCUACUUAGCAGUGGGGCAGGGCCCACUUUGCUGCGAUGUUACAGCUGCUAUGUUCUCCUGCUCGCUGCAAAUGGUGUAACAGAGUGCUUUGUGUUUGCUGCCAUGAGCCAAGAAGAGGUUGACAAGUAUAACUUAGUGAUGCUGGCGCUCUCUGUGUCUUUCCUGUUCCUGUCCUACAUGCUGACGUGGUGGGCUGGCGCUGUGGGCUUCAUAUUGGCAAAUUGCCUUAACAUGGGCCUCCGCAUCUUGCACAGUCUGCUUUACAUACACCACUACUUCCAUUCCACUCAAUGGAAACCUCUGCAAGGCCUGUUGCCCUCCCCGCUCCUAAUACUGGCACUUGCUGUCAGUGCCGUCGUCACGGCGCUGUCUGAGGGUGUAUUCUGCUGUGACAGCGGCUGGUUACUAAGGCUGGUCCAUAUCGGUGUAGGAGCAUUGUGUCUGCUCGGCGUGUUUGUGGCUGUUCUUGUCACAGAGACUCAGCUAAUUCAGUUCGUGAGGACUCAGCUCGUGCCCCAAUACAGAAAGAAACACACUUAAAUUGGACUGGAAAUUGGUGAACUGACCUGGAAGAAAGCUUAUGUUUCACUAGAAACAGUUCUAACGAGCUGCAUAUUGACAGUUACUGACAGUGUGAAGGCAACGAUGGAAAGUCGACCUAUGUGAAUGUGUGGGUAUAUGAUGCUGAUAUGUUUUCCCUGGAUCAUUCCUGUGUUGGCUCAUACAAGUAUGAACAAACAUACAAAGAUGUUAUGAUUGUUUUGGAAUCUGAUUGUGGCUGAUAAAGAAUUGAAUGUAUUUUAAGAAAACUGUUGAAUUUGUUACCGGAAUAGAUACAAAUAUAUAUUUAUAAACUAUAAGCAGCCCAAAUGAUUCUUUGUGUUUGUCCAAAAAUCACAAACUCCCAUUUUCAGAUUUUCUUUCACCAUGUUGGAAGAUUCCAGCUGU